GCUGAGAAGUUUCCGGGUGGGGCUGGGGGUGGUGGGGGAGAUGUUUCCAUCAGGACAUCGCUGAAGCACAAGCUGGGAUCAGACCUUGCUCAAGGUCCCAGGGAUGUGCCCCAACCACCUGGAGCAAGGGCCCUGCCAUGGUGACCAGCGCUGAAGGGAAUCCAGAGGCGAUUUCUCUGACACCCAGGACAAAGACUCUCUUCCAGCGUAUUUGCUGAAGUCGGACCCUCUGUGCGUCCAGCAGCAGGUGAAGGCUCUCCGGGAGCAGAGACAGAGGGGUCUCUGGACGGUCUUGCGAGUGGCACUAAGUGGAGACAAGGUGCCCAGGGUGGUUCCUCCCAGGGCUCUUCCUGUUGCCCCCGAAAGAGCCUGAGCCCCGCUCACAACGUGCGGCUGCCCUGCAGAAGCUCACCAUGCUGGAUGACAACAUGAAGCUCUGGCACGGCCUCGUGAUCGCAGGGGUGUCCCUCAUCCUCCAGUCCUGCCUCCUUGCAGCCAUCACCUGCCUGCUUGGCAGGCACAUGGCCAACAAGAAUGAGCGGAAUCUGAAAAGGGCCAGGCACCAGGGCCCCAGGCCCAGCCCCACCCACCAGCACCCACCUGCUGCCAAGGGGAUGAAGGGGACUCGGGUGGAGAGAAGCACCCCUGCGUCUGAGCCCCGUCACAGGCAUGACAGCAACCCAUCCUCUGACAGCUCUGACAGCAACGACAGCUCGCCUCCGACCCGCCAGGACACCAAGCAUGUGAAUUACACACAAGUGACCUUUUCAGACCCUGGAGGACUGGAAAAUGACUCUGCCCUGGACUAUGAGAACGUGAAGGAAGCCACAGAUUAUGUCAAUGUCAAUCCCAAAAGCCACAAACCCAGCCUCUGGACUUUUGUGAACCCUGCUGUCUCUGAGCAGGUGGAAUACACUCAAGUGGCCUUGUGAGCUCGAGGUUUUUAAUGGCAUGCAGUUCUCGAGGAAUUCCUGCACCGAUUUUGUAGGAGAGUUUCUUUUUCUUUUUCUUUUUUUCAACAAGGCAUGAGUGGGUGCAGGAGGUGGCCUGUAUCUCAGCAGGAAAGAUUGAGAUCAGACGUGAGAAAGAACACCAGGUUAAGAUGAAAAUACUGGAGCAUAUCAGAAGAGAAAGUGGUGAAGUCUCUCUCCAUAGAAAAUUUUAAAAAAAAUUUUAAUCAGCUAUAGUAGAGUUCUGUUCAACAAUCUUAUGAUUAAAUAAUUCUUUGAGCUCUUUAAUUAUUGAAGAUAAACAACAUCUUUGCGAGUUUUAAAUAAAAUGGCAACCACUAGUUUCUCUUUCCUCUGGCCUA